GCGCUUUCCCAGUCAUAGGAGGCAGUUGUGUGAGGCAGAACCGGCAGUUGCACGUCCGUGCCCGCAGCCAGCUGAUUGCCUGUGAUGUCAGGAGUGGGCGUGGCUGGAGGGGAGUUCCCUGGGAGGCAGCGAGAGAUCAGUCAGAUGGGGAUAAGCCGGUGUAUGGAGCCGGAGGCAGUAGGAGACAUUUGCCUGCACCUCAAUGGGACACUGCGGGGACUGAACGGAGCCGAUACAAUUGUAGCUGUCUACAGAGAGACAGUCAGCGCUUCACAAUGCAGGUGAAUCCCAAGCCCAAAGUCAUUUCAUGCUGGAACAAUACAAGAUCAUCUUGGGAUCCCUGUUCUGACGGUGCGGAAUCAGCUUGAAUCAAGGUCCCACUGGAGAAGCAGUUGCUGACCACUUGCCUGUCCCAAGAUGGAUUACAAAUAUAUGGAGAGAGGGUGAUAUGGCUCCUCUGCUGCAGGAACUGGUUAAGCAUUACACAGCAUGCACGGGUGUAUGUGGAAUGAAUAAGCUGCUUCAUUGAGGUCAAUUGUGCACACACACACUCGCAAAACAAGGUUUAUGAAGCAAGGCGUCUAGGGGAAUGACCUGUGAAUUGGUUGUUUGGCUUUGGCUAUAAAGUGACAUCACGGCUCGAGUUGUCAACGGGAUGGUUACAAAACCAGCAAGCUCUCUAUGUGCACUACAGAGAGCAGGCUGCUUGGGGCACAGACACAACUGCUUCUUGGUACAGUGUUUAUAUAUUUUUAUUAUACACGGCCGCAUAUUGAAAUGUGGGCAACCUAUUUGAUAACAGAUCAUUUUAGAAAAGUUUCCUACAAAGUAUUUUUCUAAAGCCGCUUCCAUGAAACCCUGAGUCUUUCUUCCCACCUUAUUGGAUCAAUAGGCCGUUGCUCUUGCCACUUGGAGCUUCCUAAAGGGACACUUUUCUAUGAAACCCUGAGUCUUUCUUCCUAUCUUAUUGGAUCAAUAGACCAUUACCUUUGCCACUUGGAGCUUCCUAAAGAGACACUUUUCAUCCACAGCCAAGGACGAACCCAAGAGUUGGCAGUGCCAUGGCAGAAAAGUGCGAGUAUAUUGCCAACAUGUAUGGCUACGAUUUGGGCCGCCAAUUUGUGGAUUUUAAACCGUUGGGGUUUGGGGCUAAUGGCUUAGUUCUGUCGGCUGUUGAUAGCAAGCACUCCAGAAAGGUAGCUGUGAAAAAGAUCACAAUCAGUGAUGGCCGAAGCAUGAAGCACGCCUUGAGGGAAAUAAAGAUUAUCCGGCGGCUGAGUCAUGACAACAUUGUAAAAGUCCAUGCUGUACUUGGUCCAAGAGGAGCUGACUUGCAAGGAGACAUCUUAAAGUACAACUUGGUUUAUAUUGUGCAGGAGCACAUGGAGACGGACCUCGCCCAACUGCUGGAACAAGGUCCUCUAACCGAAGACCACGCUAAGCUGUUCAUGUACCAACUUCUCCGAGGGCUCAAGUACAUUCACUCAGCCAACGUGCUUCACAGAGAUUUAAAGCCAGCCAAUAUAUUCAUCAGUACUGAGGAACUGCUGCUCAAGAUCGGGGACUUUGGACUGGCACGGAUUGUAGAUCAACAUUACUCACACAAGGGUUAUCUCUCCGAAGGGCUGGUAACGAAAUGGUAUCGAUCCCCGCGCCUUCUGCUGUCCCCUAACAACUAUACUAAGGCUAUUGAUAUGUGGGCAGCUGGGUGUAUACUGGCAGAGAUGCUCACAGGGAGAAUGCUGUUUGCAGGAAGCCAUGAAUUGGAGCAGAUGCAGCUGAUAUUGGACACAAUCCCUGUGAUUCAUGAAGAAGAUAAGGAAGAGCUUCUGAAAGUUAUGCCAUCUUUUAUAAAUGCCACUUGGGAGGUUAAGAAACCUCUACGAAAGCUGCUUCCUGAGAUGAACUCGGAGGCUAUUGAUUUCUUGGAAAAGAUACUGACCUUCAACCCAAUGGAUCGAUUAACUGCUGAGGCUGCUCUACAGCAUCCCUACAUGAGCCCCUACUCCUGCCCUGAGGAUGAGCCAAUAUCCCAACAUCCCUUCCGGAUAGAGGAUGAAAUUGAUGAUAUUUUGCUCAUGGAAGCCAGUCAGAGCCAACUCUCUAACUGGGACAGGUACCAAGUGAGUCUGUCUUCUGACUUGGACUGGAGGUCCGACCUAAGCCGUGGAAUGAGCGAUGUCCAAAGAGACCCUCGAGCCGGAUCUGAACUGCAAGUAGAAGAAGCUCAAGUGGACCCACGCAAGUAUUCCCAAAGCAGCUCUGAGAGAUUCUUGGAACAAUCCCACUCUUCAAUGGAUAGGGUUUUUGAAGGAGAUUGUGGAAAGUCCUUUGAAUAUAAAGUAGGGUCACCUUCCUACCUGGACAAGUUGCUCUGGAGAGACAACAAGCCCCACCACUACUCAGAACCCAAGCUAAUUAUGGACCUCUCUAACUGGAAAAGAACAACAAUCCCACCGGCUGAAGACUUAACACUGCAAGAGGAGCCAUCCAACCUUUUUCUAGAGAUAGCUCAGUGGGUAAAGAGCACCCAGGUUGGUCUUGAGUGUCCUUCCAAGCCAUGUUCAGACACCCAAGAACAUAACCCACCUUGCUCUCCUAGACAUGAGCUGCCAAGUAGUAUCAGCAAAGACGCAGAGUCUCAAUUUGACCUUGAUGUUUUUAUUACUAGGGCGUUAAAAUUAUGUACUAGCCAAGAAGACUUGGCGGACAAUAAACUGGCGGAUCUAAAUGGAGCCUGCAUCUCAGAACACCCAAACGACAUAGUCCAAAAGGAAACAUUUCAUAAAGACAGAUGGUAGGAGGAACAUCUUUGAGCAACAAUGUUUUUUUGUUCAUAAGGUUUUCCUGAUGAAACACUAGCAGUAUAAUAGACGGGCUAUUUUAUUGAGCAUAUUUUUUAAUCGUAAGACAUUAGAAAGCCUUACCAUUCAUAUCUCAGAAAUGGCGCGUUGCUGUGAUGCUGGUUUUUCUCGUGACCCUUUUACACUGAAGAAAAUAAGCUAUUUUUGUCCUCUUUUGUGAAUCCUUACAAACACCAGAAUAAAUGCUGGAAGUCAAUUAUUUUUUAUUAAAGGGUGGAUCUGAAUCUCCAUUUUCUGUUAUAAGAUUUAAAGGGACACUGACAUUUUACACCAGAAACUCGUCGGAGAUUAAAUGGCCAUUUUUUUUUUAAAUGUGUCAGUAUUCCUUUAGAGCAAAACAUACACUGAUUUCAAGCACA